GAGGCGGGGCAGCGACCCUGGGGCCGGGGUUGGGCGACUCCAGUCCCGGCGGGCUGCGGGGCUUUGGGGCUGAGUUCCAGGCCCACAGCCCCAGUCCGGGUCGUGCCGCCCCCUUGGCUCCGCGGCCCGCGCUGGGAGCGGGCCUUGAGCUCUCGCUUUGCCCCUGGGCGGGCCGGGCGCCCAGGCCCCGCACAGCUGGCCGCUUGAGGAGAACUGCUGGCCGUGGUCGCCGCCAGGGAUAUUUCAAUGUCUUGAAGUUAAAGCAGAAAUCUUCUUUGGAGUAGAUGGAUUUUUGUUACUUUCUGUGAACUAAAGCGAUUCAAUGUCUCUUUUGGAUUGUUUCUGCACUUCACGAACACAGGUUGAAUCACUCAGACCUGAAAAACAGUCUGAAACCAGUACCCAUCAAAAUUUGGUUGAUGAGCCCCCGCUUUCCUUGCUGCCUUCAUCCACUAGCGCCAGUCAAGUGAUCUGUUCCACCGAUGUUUCUCACUAUGAACUCCAAGUGGAAAUAGGAAGGGGAUUUGACAACUUGACUUCUGUCCAUCUUGCACGGCAUACUCCUACAGGAACAUUGGUCACUAUAAAAAUUACAAAUCUGGAAAACUGCACUGAAGAACGCCUAAAAGCUUUACAGAAAGCAGUGAUUCUAUCCCACUUUUUCCGGCAUCCCAAUAUUACAACUUACUGGACUGUUUUCACUGUUGGCAGCUGGCUUUGGGUUAUUUCUCCUUUUAUGGCCUAUGGUUCAGCAAGUCAACUCUUGAGGACUUACUUUCCUGAAGGAAUGAGUGAAACUUUAAUAAGGAACAUUCUCUUUGGAGCAGUGAGAGGGUUGAACUAUCUGCAUCAAAAUGGCUGUAUUCACAGGAGUAUUAAAGCCAGCCAUAUCCUCAUUUCUGGUGAUGGCCUAGUGACCCUCUCUGGCCUGUCCCACCUGCAUAGUUUGGUUAAGCACGGACAGAGGCAUAGGGCUGUGUAUGAUUUCCCACAGUUCAGCACAUCAGUGCAGCCGUGGCUGAGUCCAGAACUACUGAGACAGGAUUUACAUGGAUAUAAUGUAAAGUCAGAUAUUUACAGCGUUGGGAUUACAGCUUGUGAAUUGGCCAGUGGGCAGGUUCCUUUCCAAGACAUGCACAGGACACAGAUGUUAUUACAGAAACUGAAAGGUCCUCCCUACAGUCCAUUGGAUGCCAGUAUCUUUCCUCAGUCAGAAUCCAGAAUGAAAAAUUCCCGAUCAGGUGUAGACUCUGGGAUUGGAGAAAGUGUACAUGUCUCCAGUGGGACUCGCACAGUAAAUAGUGACAGAUUGCAGACACCCUCCUCAAAAACGUUCUCUCCCGCCUUCCUCAGCUUGGUACAGCUCUGUUUGCAACAAGAUCCUGAGAAAAGGCCAUCAGCAAGCAGCUUACUGUCCCAUGUUUUCUUCAAACAGAUGAAAGAAGAAAACCAGAGUUCAAUACUUUCACUGUUGCCUCCUCCUUGUCACAAGCCAUCAAUAUCACUGUCUCCAGCAUCACCUUGGACUGAGCCAGAAUGUGAUUUUCCUGAUGAAAAAGACUCAAACUGGGAAUUCUAGGGCUGCCAGAUCCUUUUAUGUCCUAUAUACUUGACACUUUCUCCCUGCUGCUUUUUCUUCUGUAUUGCUAGGUACAAGUACUAGAAUUAUACUUGAAAAUACAGUUGGUGCACUGGAGAAUCUAUCAUUUGAAACCACUCUGUUCAAAGGAGCAGGAGUUUAUAGCCCCUUCGGUUAGCUCAGAGUGCUCUGACAACUCCAGGGAAACUUUGGAAUUAUUACUCUAACUACAUUUAGUGUCAUCUGUAGAUGACAGAUGACAUGAAAAAAAUAUUCUUCCCCAAGCUGUGACUAACUCUUCUUUUUGAUCUCUCAGUAUGAUUUUUGAGCCAGUUAAAUUUUUCAGCAUUUUGCUGCCCUCAGGGGAAUGAGCCCGCAGAGGACAGUGUUUCCAAGUACAUUUUUUACUUCCAGAUCCUAGCCUUUUUGAUCAGCCAUUGUUAAAACAACAGGGUUUUAUCCUGGCAUCAAACCCUUUUCUGAUAGAAGGGAAAAUGCUUAUACUUUCCCACUUUCUUCUGUUAAUAUUUCUGGUAAUAUCAAACUGAGCCUCACUCACAUUAAAUGAUUCACUUGAAAUAUA